GCGUCGUUCUAGUAAACAUGAGUACAGUUUACAUGUUUUGGAUGCUAGAUCACGAGUUGGCGGUUGAAUAUUAAACUUCAUUACGAAAUCGAAGAAAAAAAAUAGCACAUUCUAAUCUAAUCAUGACCCUGAGAUGACCGCUAGAGUAUGCGGAAAUGGCAAAGUUUUGUACUGUGAUCAAUUUCUCUGUGCUGUUGACUUAUUUCGCAGCUGAUCUUUUGUGGAGUUUUGGAUUUCUGGGAAUUCAUGCUGCUGUUGGCAAUGGUAGCAAAGGAUCUUGUCAAGCUUGUCCAGCAGGGAAAUUUGGAAAUAUUACUAACCCAGACUGUUCCAGUUGUAACAUAAGUGGUCAGUGCCAACAUCUUUCAUCAUGUGUCCCGUGUCCUGCAGGCCAAUACCAAAACUUAACAGGACAAACGGUUUGCAUUAAAUGUGAGGAAGGCAAAUAUCAAGACAAAUCUGGAAAAGAAACUUGUAUUCCUUGCCCUUUGGGAUAUUUUCAGAGCAAGAAAGGACAAAAAUCUUGCCUCAAGUGUGUGAAAGGCCACUUUCAGGACACAACUGGAGAAGCAACAUGCAAGUUAUGUCAGGAAGGAUUCUUCUCUGGCUCAAAUGGGAGUAAACGAUGUAUUACAUGUGGCUUUGGGAAAUACUGCAACACCACAGGCUGUACCAAGUGUUUUGCUUGCCCACCUGGCCAAGAGGCAGGUCAUAUGGGUGCAGUAAAUUGUACAUAUUGUCCAAAAGGUUCAUUCAAAGCCUCCUCAGGCUCCAAGGUUUGCCAGUCUUGUCAGGAUGGAUAUUAUCAAUUAAAAACUGGACAAACAUCUUGUGUAGAGUGCCCAGUAAGAUAUUACUGUCCUUGGCCAAGCUCACCACCAUCGCCUUGUGAUAAGGAGCAGAUUUGCCCAGCAGGCAGUAUGACACCACAAGAGGACUGUAAAGGAUUGUUAACUAGAAAUAAUGAAACUGAGGAAUGUGAAAUGAGCGCAAUUGUUUAUGCUGUCAUUGCUGUAUCACUAGCAGUGGUUGUGGCAGCUAUUGGUUUUGUGAUACUCAGAAAAUACAGAAGAAAUAAUGAAACAAAACAGCGAUUGCUAGAAAGACAACACCCAGUUUACACUGGUUGGUAAAUGUGGAAUUUCACAGCCCGACAAGAGAGAUCAUUGGCUCAAUGGUUGAAUUUCUUGCCUACAUACACAUUGUGGCCCAGUGAUGGGUAAAUGUAACCGCAUUAAAUGUAGCUCCACAGAGUAUUAACGAAAACCCUCUGUACAUAGCGCAAGUUCAUCCAGGAAACAUAGCUAAUUACCAGUACGAGUAAACAUGUAAUGAGGCUUAUGUUUUGAGUCUCCAUAUUUUUAUCUUAGUCGUUACCAUGGCAAUAUAAUCUAAUACCAGGCACUCCAAUUGUUGGCCUAAAUUCCUUAAUAUUUUUACUAUUGUGCAGUGUCUUUAUUAUUUCCUACCUUAUGGCAAAAAGAUAUAGCCUGAAAUGCACAUAGCAGCUAAAACGUGUCUUAAAACUUUGUGGAGCCUCUUUAACUCGAAAGCCAUUAGUGUGGGGGAUUAAUUAUUAGGAAUAAUGUUUUGUAUAAAUUAGAAAAGUGAUGGUGUUGAGAAAACGAUUCUUGCAUUAAUGCUCUUUUCACACAAAAAUCUCGUCAAAAAGGGACAGGAAAAAAUGUAAUUAGGUAGUUAGCUUUUCAUAAAAUAUCCCUGGAUGUUGUGCAAAUUCCGCUAACGUGUCAUCAUUACUCCUUUCGACUACAGUUGCAUUUUAGUUUAGUUGGCAUUUGCUCUGUAAAAACCACUGGCGCGAUAGGUUUUUGAAAACCGUGGUAUGGAAAAAUCAGUUAAUAAUUUUAGUUCGAAUUUGCGAGGUAAUGGUUGGCUAAUUUUGUUACCGCCGUUCCUCGUUGAUCCUGCCGGCUGCGAAGUUUUAGCUACUACAGGGCACGAUAGCAUUUGGCUCUGUCCACGUUUUACCAGAGAAAGUUGAAAACGCUUGAAAGUUCAUUUAGCGGUUAGCUAGGUCUAUCGGGAGUGACUAAACCGUUCUAAACGGAGCUUUCCUUAAACGCCCACCUUAUUAUUUGUUUAUAUUUUUAGACGAGAUAGCGAGGCACUCUUUAUGCGCAUGCUCAAGGAUGCAGUCAAGUAGUUUGAGAGAAGGUAACUAGACACUCGUCAUCCGCAUGCGCAAAGAUGUUUUUCUGGACAGUUUAUUGCGUUUUAAAUUUGUCUCGGUUUUUGUGGACAGAGAACAUUUCCUCCGUGCUCUAGCUUGAACAGAAAGAUUUGCGUAGUGAAAAUAUUUGUUUUCGAAUUUUUCCAGCCUAGUAGGGCAAGGCUGUAGUCCACAGUAAAACUGUCCACCUUUACAUGUAAGAGCGUUUACGGCCAGUGGAUGUCGUUAUAGGAAUUCAAUUUGUUACUGCAACAAAAGUUUUAUGGUGACCUAGGGAGGAACAUUUCAAGAUUUAACAACAUAUUGGUGACAAAUAUUUAUUUUGAUAGCUACUUUGUCGGUGUGUUGUAAACAACAAACUGCGACAGUUAGCAUACAAACAUACAGAAAAUUACGAGAUUCGCGCGUUUUGUUUAAUAGGAUUAAUUCACUUCCAUUCAUUCUAUUUUUUGUCUCAUUUUCAUCUUCAUUUGUAAUUGGUUAGUUACCGAAUAAUACGAACAGACAAGUAAGAAUCAGCUUUUUCUCUCUCUUAUUCAAACUUUUUAGUUUAGAUUUAAGAUAUUUCUCGGUCAAUUUCAGUAUCUGAGUAAAUACACACCUACCCCUCCCUUAACCCAAUAACAGUGAACUAAUAACAAGUCUCUGUUAAUGUUGGUUGGAUAGGGGAGGGGUAGGUGCGAAGUUACUUAGAUACUGAGAUUGAUCCAUAUUUUCAGACUUGGCGUUUUUUCUGAAUAUGGCAGGUCCGUUGUUCACAAUUCGCUUUGUAGAAAAUAAAUAGGAAUCUAUGUCAUAGAGAUGUUUUGUUUUUCAAUAAAUUGUGCGUCUGUGGGUGAUAGAAUUA